CAGCAGUCCAAUUUGGCACAGCAUCACCAGACAAUUUGCGGUUGCUUAACCUAUACAAGGAAGCUGAUUGGAUCUUUCCAUUCAUUUAGGCCCUAUUUUUUCUCCCCUGAGGCUUGUUAGAAAAUAAUCCUCUUGGAUCAGCCCUGUUUAAAAGAGAAGUGCCACGUUAGUGAUGAGCUCAGGCAGGUUACUCAGAACUGAGGCUUUAUCCUGGAUGUCGGAUGUGGACAACGUGACUGGGGGCCAGUCCCAGGACUUGGCCCUGCAGCCCGUGUGGGACUACCUUCUGCAGAACCACCACGACCACCUGAGGAGCCCUCUUUUCCCAGUGGUGCUCUCAAUCACCACCUACUUCUUCCUGGUUGGUCUUUACACCGUGCUGGACAUGCUGGCUCCCUACUGGCCCUGCAUCAACCGCUACAGGCUGCAUCCUGACAGACCCAUCACCUGGCCCAACAUCUGGACCACCCUGUGCGUCACCAUCUACAACCACCUGCUUUACAUCUUCCCUGCUGCAGUGGCUCAGUGGCUGUGGAGGCCGCCGACCCCUCUGCCUCGUGAAGCUCCCACUCUCUGGAGCUUCUUGUUGGGCAUCCUGGGCUGCAUGGUGGUGUUUGACUUCCAGUAUUACCUGUGGCACCUCCUGCACCACCGGGUCCCCUGGUUGUACCGCACCUUCCACGCCGUGCACCAUCAGUACAACCAGCCGUUCAGCCUGGUCACCCAGUACCUGUCUGGCUGGGAGUUAUUCAGCGUGGGAUUCUGGGCCACAGUCGACCCCAUUCUGCUGCAGUGCCACUGCAUGACGACGUGGGGCUUCAUGGUCUUCAACGUCUACGUUUCCACCGAGGACCACUGCGGCUAUGACUUCCCGUGGGCCGUGCACAACCUGGUGCCCUUUAACCUCUGGGGUGGUGCACCUAAACACGACGCCCACCACCAGCGACCUGGCACUAACUUCGCCCCGUUCUUCUCCCACUGGGACUGGCUGGGGGGGACCCACACUGUGCCAACUCCCUCCAGCCACGCUGCCACAGGAGAGCCAGAUGAGAUGAAAGGGAGAAAAGACUAAAGAGCUCCAGUGAAUCUCUUAUUGACUCUGCCUCUCUUUCACUCAAACUGCCUCUUUUGUACCUGCUCUCAUUCCAACACACUGCUUUUUUCUCUCUACUCUCCAGCAGAUCCCUUUCCCAUCUCCCAGUCUUUCCUUUCUCUUUGGUGUGAUUAUACUGACUCACCCUACUUUUUUGGUCUCUUCUACUGCUGAUAAUCAGUCUAACAUUCCUUGACUGUCUGGUAAGUUGUGAAAAAGAAUGUUUUUAUGUGUUUUUGUGUACGAUGAUAGUAUAGACAAUCCUGUACUGUUGUAUUAUGUACAUUUAUCUCUUAUUCAUAGAGAUCUUUCAAUCAUGUCAAUGUACUGUCAAUUCCCUCCAUGAUUCUCAGGUCAGUCAAAUAAAAGUAUAAAAACCA